AUGGAUGCGUCUCGCCCUCUUCUGGCCGGCGACACUAGCGACGAGGAGGAGCUGGGUGCUCGCUCUCCUGAUUGCUUGUCCAGAUACCUGUCAGCUGGCAACAGCACGAGUGUUACCAACGGGAAAAAGCGAAGUACCGGGCGCACAGGCAAUGACCCCUCAAGUGGUUGCAAUGGUGACGAAGAUCUAACCGAAGAUAAAAGACCACUGUGCUGCUGUCCGUGUAGCCAGUGGCCAUGCUGGAAGUGGACCUUCCCAGAUCGCAUUGGCGACUACGAAGACUUUGCCAUGUCGGCUCAGAUCGGGGAGAUCUAUGUGUUGCGACAGACUGCGCGCGAGCAAUUCGAACCCAUGCUACCAGAGGACGACCACAUGCUGCAGCACCUCUGGGACGGCCUGUUCCCUACGCUGCCAUACGAAGGACGCGUCAACGUGCGUUGGCGCGAUGUGGGCUUUCAAAACGACGAUCCGGCGUCUGACCUCCGCACUUCCGGAAGACUAGCCGUCCGGAUGCUGCUCUACUUCUCAGACCACCUCAACGACGAGUUCAAGGUGAACGAAGCAUUCCCAUAUCGUCCGACUCCUACUCACUUAUUUUUCACUGCAUGGCUUGAAGCCGAGUCGGUCACAUCCUGA